UACCGUGCACAAAGUGUAAGCUGCCGAAUGGUCUUGUUUGCCAAUUUUUUCCUACGGGUCCGGUUGAACAAGCUCUACGUGCACACAUGUGCACUUACACAUCGACGAUCGUCCUAUAUGGCCAAUACGGCUGUACGAAUAGUGCAAUUUUUCUCUAGCGGAAAAACACGCUGCAACAAACUGCAACGUGGUGGCUUUUACUUUUUAUUUCCUUUUCUGUCAAUUCUCUUCAGAGCACGCUUUUUGUCUCUAUUGCACUCUUGUGUCUUAAAGGCGAACGAACGCCGAUAGAGCAGUGCGUAGCAUUUAUCAAUCCGCAGACUUCAUUUCCGCCUCCCGUUCGGCCUUAUCAAGCGAUAACUUCUGAUCAUUGCAAUUAUUGGAUUUUGUGAUAUAUUUAUUUUCAGUCUAUUAAUAUUGCCAAUAUUAAACAUUUACGAAUAUUUAUUUUUAUACGAUUGUUUUAAUCUUGUUUUGCGGGAUGAUGCGCAAGAUCAGCUGUGGAACAUUCGAAUGUUUUUAAGUUUUAGCUGGAUUUAUCAUUGAGUGAUUUGCUUUCAGUCGAUCCGCUCUGCUCUCGGUCGUUAAAGGACGACGUUUAUGAGCAAUUUGGCAACAGCGGUCAGUUGUAUUUUGGAGAGCAUGGAAGGCUGUUGUGUUUGUGCGGAUGAUACAGGAACAGAAGAUAAUCCUCUCGUUUAUUGUGACGGAAAAGGCUGUAACGUCUGUGUACAUAAAGCAUGCUAUGGAAUUCGGGCCAUUCCCACAGGAGACUGGUUUUGUUCCAAGUGCGCAUACUUGCGGAAUACGGCUGUGGGUUCGUCGAGUUCCUCCAAUGCUGACGCGGGUUCCCCGACUGUGAACUGCGAACUGUGUCCAUCUAAAGAGGGCGCUUUCAAACCUACCGCAUCGGGAAAGUGGGCCCAUGUGAUUUGUGCGUUGUAUAUCAAGGAAGCGACGUUUGGGGAUACGGAUGUUAUGGAACCUAUUGUAACAACAACCUUACCCAGGGAAAUUUUUCAACGGACUUGCUACAUUUGUCUGGAGGAAUCGUCGAAAAACGACGCAUCAGCCGGUGCGAGUGCUGUUUGUGAGAAGAACGGCUGUCGUAAGGCGUUUCACGUGACUUGUGCGCAGAAGAAAGGAUUACUGUGUGAGAUUACCAAGAAGAAUAACAAGCAGCAGGUUGUUUAUUCGGGCUUCUGCGGCGAACACAUUCCACCAGAGGAAAGUGGAACCAUUGCUGGGGAUCGCUAUCGAAAGAUACCCGCUUACCCCCGCAUAUCCGAGCCCGGCUGCGAACGCGCCUCGUCCAGUUCCGGAUACUCUACGCCGAACAAUCCCGAAAAGUCCCCGCAACCUCCUCCGUCGACGACGGAUCCGCCUUCAAACAGCAUCCCAGUUGUGGAUAACAGCGCCAGCAACACGUCCGUGGACAAUCAGCGUUCUUCCUCCAUCAAAUCCACGGCCUCCGUGGGUUCUUCGGGUACCACGGAGAGCGCGGACAGCGGUAUUCAGACCACCGUCUCGGAGUUGCAGCCGGUGGUGGUCGAAGAGAAGCAGGCCAUCCGGAAGCCCCAUAAAAAGUCCUUAAUGGCUAGGAUGGACAAUGCGGGCAUUAUGGUCAAUCCCGCACCGUCACCCGUGGCCGCGUCGCCCUCACAACCGCCCCAGAUAACAUUCCCCUAUGCGCCCAUGAACCCGACACAUCCGCCUCCGAUGCCAAAUGACUCGGGUGCUCGGUAUCAGGUGGCUAAUCCCUUUGCGGAUAUGCCCGUCCAGUAUGAUCUCUCCCGACCACCAAUGCUCGUGGGUAAAGCGCCGGAGAUGAUGCAGCAUGUGAAAAUGAUGAGCACCGGGACGCCGCCCCCGCUGGUGGCCAAUAUGCCUCUUCCCCGGAAACGACCGCUAACGCCGUCGAUACUGGACAGUGAGACGUUGACCAUUAGUUCGCUGAUUGAGCGGACGAUAGAGCGCGCCACCACCAGCACGACAACACUACCGCCGGUGGUUAUGCCUUUUACCACCGGUGUCCGGCCGCCGUAUAUACCGGACGAUAAGGGAAUGGCACCCUCACCGGGUGGGGAUUCUGGAGGCCAGAAGAAACCCAAGAAGGCCGCCAAGGAAAGCAAAACCGAUCCGAGACGGGCAGGGAAUACAGCCACGAUUAAGGACCUGCUAGCGAAUACGAAUUUGUCCCCGGUUAGUGGCCAGCCGAGUGGACAUCCGUCGCCGCAGUCGGAGAUGUUCAUGCAGCAUCAGCAGCAGAUGAUGGCAACAAUGAAUUCGCAGAAAAUGCAAAUAGGUGGUGUACAAUCGACGCCACCCAGGGGCACUCCAGUGGAUAUGGAACGAAAUAGUCAGGGUGGAAAUUCCUCUUCGCCGUUUUCCAGAACGGAGAAGCCUGUCUCGCCAAAGAUGAUUAACGUGGCAAGGGUGCAUGACGAUCGGCAUCGGACUGCUGUGGAGAAAGUGCAGCAUUACCUAACCAAUCAGAGCGGUCCGGAAAUACCAGUGAUGAACAACCAGCCUCUUGCCCUUACCACGGCACAAGCGCCCUCCAGCGGCGGCUCCAAAUCUAAGCGGAAAUCCCAGGAUGAGCGCCCUUCGCGUGCUGUACAUUCCGCGACGAAAGCCAAUCCUAGCCAGCCGGAAGAAACACACCUCUCCACACCUGUCCCGGCUAAAACCGAAAUGGGCCGAAAGAGCAACGGCUACGUGAACGGCACCGGUCCUAACGCCUCCACAGCCGCCCCGCCCGACGAAGAGAUGGAUGCAACUGCCGCGCAGGCCUUCGAUACGCUGAUGAUGGCCCUGUCGACCUUUGGCACGACAGCGGCGCAUCAAACCGGAGCGGCUAUUCAUCCAACCGUCGCCACCACGCUUGACGGAUUCUUUCGGAUGCAGAAGGAAUUAAAUAUGUUGAAGGAAAAAGUUGGUCAACUGGAAGGACUAAAAGCCUUCUACCUAACACAAGUGCAAGCUUUGCGAAGCCUAACAGAGAAACAUGUGGCAGCGGAUGGCGGGGGCCUAUCCGUGGUGCAGCCAACCAUGCCCGAAGAGGUGGCGCGGUUAUUGAGUGUGCUGGAGCCGCACGAUGAGGCGGCCAGUAACACGCAGCGACGGGGACCACCACAUGAGAGCGCUUCGGAUGGCCUUUUAGCUCGUCUUCACGAGCCAGCCGCCCGUGAUCCCGUACAUCGUUCUUCCCGUGACUCAUCCCGUCCCGAGAGUCGCGCCCAAACUGCCACUAGCGCCUCCUCCCUUCCCCCGCCGCCGUCGUCCGUCCCACUCUACCCGCACCCUCCCAACGCCCACCUACAAACGGCGUCGUCCCCCUCCCAGACACCGAAACCCUAUCCCCGCUCGAGGACCAGUGAGAGGGAACGCGAAAGGGAGAAGGAACAGCGGGACACGGCAACUAGCUACGCAAUGACCAACGGCUAUCCCGGGCAGCCUCCGUCCAACGCUUCCUCGUCCUCGUCGUCCAAUCGGCGGGGUCAUUAUGCUCAUCUGGAGGGCAUGGACGGGAUACCGUCGGGCGUAAUAUCGACGCCGGCGCCGGUGGCCUCCACACCGCAGCUGCUGAUGCCCAAUGUGGCUGGGACGCAGUUUCUGCUGCCAGGGCAGCAGUUUUAUCCGAUGCAAAUGGAUCCUCAACGUUUGAUGGCUAUGAUGCCUGGCCAGGCUUUCUUUCCGCCCGCCCUGUAUGGAGCCCCGGGAAUGGGUGGUUUCAUUCCGGCACAAAAUAUUUCAGAUUACACAGGACUUGGCAGGAUGCACACGCCAACAACGCGGUAUCCUCCUGAGGACGGCAGCCACAACAGUGGAUCACAGCACCCGCAUAGCAGUAUGAAACGCGAAUACGAAGCGCGCGAAACCAGUUGAAAAGACGACAGCUGUGCCAGCGUUCUUUGAUUUUUCCAUUGAUACCCGGUUAAUGUGGAAGGCGUUCUUUCGCACCGUUAUGGUUUCAUGGAUGGAUUUUCGUGAUUUGUAUGGAAAAUAUGGAUAGACGAGUUUGUACAGAAUCCAGAUUGGGAAGACAACGGGCAGAAGAGUGUGGAUGGUAUGCGCGAUCUUUCCGUGUAUUUUGUGCAAAGACUGAUUAUUUCGCGUGGUUGGUCCGGGAUAUGUGUAUUGGAUUUUUUAAUUAAUUUUUGAUUUUAUUAAAACUAUUUUUUGUUUUGUUUUGUUUGAAGUUUUCCUGGAGAAAAAUAAUCCUUUGUUCCGUAUUUGGUUUUUAUUGGAGCUGUGUGUGUUGGAUGGUUUUUUUCUGCUGGAAUUGAUUGGAUUUCUAAAGAGUUUUUGGGAUGGUUUUUCUUGGAUUAUUAUUAAUGCUGUCUGGGGUGAACUGUAACCAAUGAUCACUGCCCUUUUAAUUAAAAUGUUUGUUUGGUCA